AUGCAGCCUCCGGGCCCCCAGCAGCCUCCCCCCGCUCCGCCGCCGCCGCUCUACGCGCCUCAUAACGGAGACUUCACCUUCGUCUCCUCGGCCGAAGCGGAAGAACUUAGCGGUUCAAUAGCUUCUCCUGAUGUGAAGCUCAAUCUUGGAGGAGGAAGUGGAGAAUUUAUUAAAGAAUCUACUGCAACUACAUUCUUAAGACAGAGAGGUUAUGGCUGGCUUUUGGAAGUAGAGGAUGAUGACCCUGAAGAUAAUAAGCCUCUCUUGGAGGAGCUAGACAUUGAUCUGAAGGAUAUAUACUACAAAAUUCGGUGUGUCUUGAUGCCGAUGCCUUCACUUGGAUUUAAUAGACAAGUAGUAAGAGAUAAUCCUGACUUCUGGGGUCCGCUGGCAGUUGUCCUGUUCUUUUCAAUGAUCUCAUUAUAUGGGCAAUUCAAGGUUGUAUCCUGGAUUAUAACUAUUUGGAUAUUUGGAUCCUUGACAAUCUUUCUGUUGGCCAGAGUUCUUGGAGGAGAGGUAGCAUACGGCCAGGUUCUUGGAGUGAUCGGAUAUUCCUUACUUCCUCUUAUUGUAAUAGCACCUGUGCUCUUGGUGGUUGGAUCAUUUGAAGUUGUUUCUACUUUAAUAAAACUUUUUGGAGUCUUUUGGGCUGCAUACAGUGCUGCUUCGUUAUUAGUUGGAGAAGAGUUUAAGACCAAGAAGCCCCUCCUGAUCUAUCCCAUCUUCUUAUUGUACAUUUAUUUUUUGUCCUUGUAUACUGGGGCCUGAUCUGCAGUACUGAAUUGGGACAGGAACAGUCUCGCUUACCAUGAAGAUUGAUGAAA